AUGUCUUCGGGGACUUUACAAUCGCCUUCAACGUAUUCAGAAAGUUCAAGGACUGGAAGUAGCAGGUCAGGCGCCAGCGCUGGUGGGAAGGAGAGGGAAGAAGACUUCACUAAGGAUAAUGCCGCAUCGCCCAUCGAUCUCGAGUGCCACAUUCAAGCUGAGCGUAUCACCAAGAUACUGGACGAGGCGAUCUAUAAGACGAAGCUAUCGAUUUGCUUACCGCAACUAGUACAGGAGUACGAGACUCUCAGCUCCAUACUGUCGGCUCAGCAUAUGGACGACCUGGUCUUCAUAUUUGAACAGUAUGAUAACCCGCUAUUCUCAACCAGUUUGCUCAACGUGGCUGCGAUGGACGAUAUUAAAGCUAAUAAAAUAUGCGGCAGUUCCGGCUUGGGCUACUUGAAGACUUUGCAGCAGUUCCGUGAAUUGAUGGUGAGGCAGCUACACACUACCGCGGCGGAGGAGCUGGCAAUCAAGAUCAACACCAGGAAACUAGAGGCUUCUAAUGAAAAACUUAUCACGAAAAUAAAUGUUUUUUCUAGUGUUCGUCUGUCCUAGAUUAUUUUCUCCGAAUCUACUAAACGAUUGUAAAUCAGUGACUAUUAGGCGGACGUGUUAAGUACGCUGGCUUCAAGUUGUCACCAUCUAUGAAGUCCAUAGUUCAAUUCCUGGUCGGGUCAAACUAAUAAAUGAACUUUUCUAUAUUGUCUCAGGUUUAGUUGUUGUGUUACCCUCGUUGUUGCAGAUUUUCCUGGGAAUCUUGGAAUCUGAGCGAUGUAUGUGAUAUUGUAUAAUGUUUAUUCAUUUAUAUUUUAACUUGAAUUAAGUUAUAUUUUAACAGAAUACACGACAUCUUUAAAGGAGGAAAACGAAAGGUUUGAAGAGACGAUGGCGUUAAAGAGAGACAUCAUCAAGAAACUUGAAUAUGAACUUAUGGUACUCAAUCAAGACGCCUCCAUAAAGUUGAAAAAGAAAAUUUUGGACUCAGACCGGCAGAUGGUGUUGGCGUCGCGUGCGCACGCUGUGAAAAGUGAAAUGUUGAAAGAGGAGGAGAUCGAAUCCCGUGAGGGCUAUGAGACUUUGUUGAAGCAACACCUCAUUGAAGAGAAAAACCAAAGAGCACGGAGAUUCAAAGUGGAGACACAGCUGAUGUCGUGGCUGCAGAAGUAUGAUAUAGAGAUGGGCGACAAGCAGGUUGAACUGGAUGAGUUUACGGAAAAAUACGACGAUGAAGUGCAGAAGUGCGAAAAGUUAGAGGAGCAAUUAGCGGAACAAGAUAAGGAGUAUAUUCCUCUAAUGGCGGAACGCGAAGAAGAGUAUCACCAGGAGAUGACAGAAAAGAUGAACAAGUUCCUUAUGGAACAUGCUGCACGUGUGAUUCAAAACGCCUGGCGGGAAGUCCUGGCGAACAGGGCUGAGAAAAAGAGAUUGAAAAAACUUCAAAAGAAGAUGCAAGCGGUCGCUGCGGCUGCUGCCGCCGCGGACAAGAAAGGUGGCAAGAAAUAA